AAGUAACAGAGUUAGCUUCGCCUACAUAGGACCGGCAAAGAGAACGACAACCACGCAUGGUCCUGCAACAUCACUCUCACAAACAACAGUGAGCUAUCAUGGCAUCGAUUGCGCGACAGUCCAUGCUGAAGCAGGCUUGGGCCUCUGCACCAAGCAAGCAAUUGACUUCGUUCCGGGCCGCAGCCUCUCUCGCCAGUGCCAAUGCCUGGAGACAGCCCGCUUCGUCAAUAAUUCUGCGAAACGCCGUCCCCGUCGCUGGCUUCCACGCCUCCGGUCGCAGGGCCAUCCUCCCCCCUCUUCCUCAGAGAGUGAACGGCUCAGUGAAUGACCCUGCGCCUGUUCCAGCGCCCCAUCCAUUCCAUGGCUCAUACCAUUGGACAUUUGAGAGACUUGUUUCUGCGGGACUCAUCCCGCUCACGCUCGCUCCCUUCAUCGGCGGCUCUCUCAACCCUCUGACCGACUCGAUACUCGGUGCUACCAUCCUCAUCCAUUCGUACAUCGGCUUCCAGGCCUGCAUCAUCGACUACUUCCCUUCGUACCGUGUCCCGAAGAUUCAGAAUGCACUUAUGUGGGUGUUGCGAGUUGCUACCGUGCUCACGGGCAUUGGCUUUUACGAGUUCGAGACAAAUGAUGUCGGCAUAACGCAGGCGAUUGCCCGCAUUUGGAAAGCCUGAGAAAACUGUGUAUAUCAUGAUCGGACGCACCUUUUCCUUCGUAGACGAUGUCGUGAACUCUUAGGAGGCGUGUGGCUGCUCUGUAUUAUCAAAAUGAAAUCGAAGCAUGCUUAUCUUCGGAUCAUCCUUCCUUUCGCUCAGUGCCUCGUCUGCAUUUCGUUUGACUCUGAAACAAUAUUACGACUGGAUUAUUACAUGCAUUGGCAUUAAGACUAGCUAGAAAUUCGCUGUUGAUGGCGAAUGCCAUCAGCGAAUAAGGCGCAGCGAGAUCACGCUAAUCACACCUUGAGAUAAU